AUGACUCGAGCACUCAUCAGUUUGAUAGUCCGACUGUUCUACGGCGCUUGCUUUCUUCCACUGGUCACAACGACAGCAAAGUCCAGCACGGACCCGGAUGUGACAUCCACUGUUCGGUUUGUGUUCACACUGAGUCGUCACGGGGAUCGUUCACCAAUUCAUCGACCGGUGCAUGACCCGUACGAAUCACAUUGGUCUGCCGGUUACGGUCAGUUGACCAGUUUGGGCGUACGGCAACAGGUCGAACUGGGCCAAUUUGUUCGUCGUCAAUAUGGCGCUAUUUUGCCACACACUUAUCACAAGAAUUUUUUCUUCUUUCGCAGUUCCGGUACUUCGCGAACAAUCCAGUCGGCCACCAGUUUCAUUCACGGUCUGUUCACUAGCGCGGAACAGAAAUGGGAUCCCACGGUAACUGCCGCGCCACCUUUGUUCUCGAUGCCCACAAAAGAUGAUCGAUUGUUGAAAUCGUCCAGUUUUUGUCCACGAGCUAAGGAACUAGUGGACAAGGUAUUCGAUGGCCCCGAAGCGGCAGCUAAAGUUCGAGAAUUUGGUCGAACUAUACAGGUGUUACAAGUGCUAUAUCGUGAGUAUUCGCACCUUGUUCUCGGCGUGUGCAUGUGUGUGUGUGUGUGGGGGGGGGAGAUUACCUUGUGCAACAAAAUGUUAAGUUAA